AUUUCGAAGUUUGCUACUUUUAAAAGCCACUUACUUCUACUAUCUAGCUAGCUAUUAAUAGCAAUCUAGCUACUUUUUAUCGUUGCUACUGCAAAGAAGUCAACUAAACAUCUCAACCAUGGGCAGGAAAUCCAAAGAAAUUGAUGCUUGCUUUGUUGAGUCUGCCAUGGACCUGAUUGCGAUUGGUCAAGGCCGUGACCGUCGCAAGAAGUCUGGUACGAGUACCGGUAGUGGAAAGAUGAAGAAGAAGAGUCGUCCGAGCCGAGUUGAGCUGGAAGACAAUUCGGGCUUGGCAGGUAUGAUGGGAAGUUUGACCAGGGGGUCUGACUCCUCUCUGAGAGGCAGCGCUACCAGUACUAGUACUGCUCGCAGUGGUGGUUGUGCCGACCAUCGCCGCAGGCGUUCUUCAUGUGUUUCCUGCGCAAGAAGUGCGAAGAAUGACUUGUCCAUGUCUUGCUCCUCUUCUUCCAGCCAAAACACAAACACGCUAAGGAGGAUGUCCACACGAGAGUUUGCCGGUUCCGUUGCAGGCUUGGAACCACAACAGGUCCUCGAGCACCUAGAAGUGUGUGCUGCUUCCAGGCGAGACAUGUCAGAAGUUAGCGAGUACCUAUCUUCCAUCAGGAGAUCUUCCUGAGCAGCACGCACUGAGCAUCAUCAGCAUCAACUUCCUUCUCCCUUUUGCAUAGUACAAUGAUAAUACAAUGCAUGACCAUAAUAUAACCAUUGACUUAUUACAUAC